UCUAGACGUUAACGGUUCUUCUUAAAACCAAAAACCUCGACAAAUUCGUUUCGUGCGUCCGAACAGUUUAAAUCGUAUAAAAGUCUUUUUGAAAUUGUGCUAAACGUGAAAAAUAAACUCAAAAUCUAAGAAAAAAGAAAAACAAUAAAAACAAUUGAAAAUAAAUUGUUUGGAAAAAUUCUUGGAAAUUUUUCAGCACCUCUUUAAAUUACGCCAACAGCGAACAAGUGCUCCACAUACCCACGCAUCUAAUAAUAUAUAUAUAUAUUCGUAUAUAUAUAUAAAUUGAGAAAAAUAUAUAUAAGCUAUAAAGUAAAAUGGAUUCCGCUGCAGCUGCCGCCGCCGCCAAGCGCGUACAAAUCGAGAAGGCGCACAACUUUAUGCGCCAAUAUCGCGAUCCUGAAUCACGCGAGCUGAAGAAACUAUCAGCCAAUCAGUUCAUGGAUGUAUGGGCACAUUACGAUAAGGACGGCAAUGGCUAUAUUGAGGGCACCGAGCUGGAUGGCUUUCUACGCGAGUUUGUGUCCAGCGCCAAUGUGACAGACAUAAGUCCAGAAGCUGUCACUGAUACUAUGCUGGAGGAGCUGAAGUCCUGCUUCAUGGAAGCCUACGAUGAUAAUCAGGAUGGCAAAAUCGAUAUCCGAGAGCUUGCCCAACUUUUGCCCAUGGAAGAAAAUUUCCUUUUGCUCUUCCGCUUCGAUAACCCCUUGGAAUCAAGCGUCGAAUUCAUGAAGAUCUGGCGUGAAUACGACACUGAUAAUUCUGGGUACAUUGAGGCGGAUGAGCUUAAGAAUUUCUUGCGUGACUUGCUCAAAGAGGCCAAAAAGAUCAACGAUGUCUCCGAGGACAAGCUCAUUGAAUACACAGACACCAUGCUUCAAGUGUUCGAUGCCAAUAAGGAUGGUCGUUUGCAGCUCUCGGAAAUGGCCAAACUACUUCCGGUUAAAGAGAAUUUCCUUUGCCGUCAGGUAUUCAAGGAGGGCAUCGAUGGCGCCACUAAGCUAACCAAGGAGGAUAUUGAGAAAGUAUUUUCACUAUACGAUCGCGACAACAGCGGCACCAUUGAGAACGAGGAGCUGAAAGGUUUUCUCAAGGAUCUGCUCGAGCUGGUCAAGAAGGACGAUUAUGAUGCCCAGGAUCUGGCUGCCUUCGAGGAGACAAUCAUGCGUGGCGUCGGUCGUGAUAAGCAUGGCAAAAUCUCGCGCAAGGAGCUAACCAUGAUACUUUUAACUUUGGCCAAAAUCUCGCCCGACGACGAGCAGUAGAUUGGGCCGAGUGUCUAAUGCAACACAUAUACAUAUAUUUUUGUUACCAAUUUGGGUAAACUAAUGCAAAUGGGGCGUGUUUUUUGGCCGCAAGCCAAACAAAAAUUUGAUUACUUUAUAAAACUGCCCGCAAACUAGGCGCAGCUCGAGGACAAAACCUCACAAAUGCAAAUUAUAAAAAAAAACUUGAGAAAAAAAAUUGAUAAAGCGCUAAACUACAAAUA